GUCGGGACUCAAGCACCUACGCCAGAGGGGAGCAAAGCCGGGCUCGGCCCAAGGCCCCCAGGACCUCCAUUUCCCAAUGCCGGAGGAGUCCGCCACGUGACAGUUGGACCGCAGGCUAAGCGCCAUGGCUCCGGAGAAGCUCUCGCGUCCCUCCCUGCUGCUGCUGCUCCCGACGCUGCUGCUGCUGCCCCCCCAGGUAGACACUCGGUCGUUCGUAGUGGAUCGGGAACAUGAUAGAUUCCUCCUGGACGGGACCCCGUUCCGCUACGUGUCUGGCAGCCUGCACUACUUUCGAGUACCUCGGGUGCUUUGGGCAGACCGGCUUUACAAGAUGCAAAGGAGUGGCCUCAAUGCCAUACAGUUUUAUGUGCCCUGGAACUACCAUGAGCCAGAGCCUGGGGUCUAUAACUUUAAUGGCAGCCGGGAUCUCUUUGCAUUUCUGCAUGAGGCAUCUAUAGCGAACCUGUUGGUCAUACUGAGGCCAGGACCUUACAUCUGUGCAGAGUGGGACAUGGGGGGUCUCCCAGCCUGGUUGCUUCGUAAACCUAAUAUUCAUCUGAGAACUUCAGAUCCAGACUUCCUUGCUGCAGUGGACUCCUGGUUCCAGGUCUUGCUGCCCAAGAUAUAUCCAUGGCUCUACCACAAUGGGGGCAACAUCAUUAGCAUUCAGGUGGAGAAUGAAUAUGGUAGCUAUAGGGCUUGCGACUUCAGCUACAUGAGGCACCUGGCUGGGCUCUUCCGUGCACUACUAGGAGAGGAGAUUUUGCUCUUUACCACAGAUGGGCCUGAAGGACUUGAAUGUGGCUCCCUGAAAGGAGUCUAUACCACUGUAGAUUUUGGCCCAGCUGACAACAUGACCAAAAUCUUUGCCCUGCAAAGGAAGUAUGAACCCCACGGGCCACUGGUGAACUCUGAGUACUACACAGGCUGGCUGGAUUACUGGGGCCAGAAUCACUCUACACGGUCCAUUACAGAUGUAACCAAAGGACUAGAGAACAUGCUGAAGUUGGGAGCCAGUGUGAACAUGUACAUGUUUCAUGGAGGUACCAACUUUGGGUACUGGAACGGUGCUGAUGAGAAGGGACGCUUCCUUCCAAUUACUACCAGCUAUGACUACGAUGCACCAAUAUCUGAAGCAGGGGACAUCACACCUAAGCUUUUUGCUAUUCGAAAUGUCAUCAGCCAGUUCCAGGAAAUUCCCUUGGGACCUUUACCUCCCCCCAGCCCCAAGAUGAUGAUCGGACCUUUCACCCUGCAGCUGGAUGGAUAUUUGCUGGAUUUCCUGCAUUUACUGUGCCCUGAAGGGCCGAUCCAUUCAGUCUUACCAAUGACCUUUGAGGCUGUCAAGCAGGACCAUGGCUUUAUGUUGUACCGGACCUAUCUAACGUACGCUGUUUUUGAGCCAACACAAUUCUGGGUGCCAAACAAUGGAAUACAUGACCGCGCCUAUGUGAUGGUGGAUGGGGUGUUUCAGGGUAUUUUGGAACGAAACACGAAAUACAAACUAUUUUUGAUGGGGAAAAUAGGGGCCAAACUGGAUGUCUUGCUGGAGAACAUGGGGAGGCUCAGUUUUGGGUCUAACUACAGUGACUUCAAGGGCCUAUUGCAGGCACCAGUUCUGGGGCAAACAAUCCUCACCCAAUGGCUGAUGUUCCCUCUGAAAGUUGAUAAACUUGUAAAGUGGUGGUUUCCCCUCCAAUUGCUGAAAAGGUCACAUACUCAAAUUCCCUCUGGCCCCACCUUCUACUCCACAACGUUUACAAUUUUAGACUCAGCUGGAGACACAUUUUUAUAUCUACCUGGAUGGACCAAGGGCCAAGUCUGGAUCAAUGGGUUUAACUUGGGCCGGUACUGGACAAAGAGAGGGCCACAACACACCCUCUACGUGCCAAGACUCCUGCUGUUUCCUAAGGGAAUUCUCAACAAAAUCACAGUGCUUGAGCUAGAAAAUGUUCCUCCCCAACCCCAGAUCCAGUUUCUGAAUAGUCCUAUCCUCAAUAGCACCUUGCAUAAGACAUAUAUCUAUUCCCUCUCAGCUGAUACACAAAGUGACUCUGAACCAAUGGAGUUAAGUGGGCACUGAAAGAAAGAUAACCCUUGGACCUGGA